UUCUGUUAAUGUCAGUCAAAGACAGAGGGAGAGCACAUGCAUAAAUUAAAAAUUAAAUAAAUAUUUUUAAUACUUUGAUUAGCAGGUUUAGUGUUUCUUUGACUUUUGGCAUAAUCUCUAUAAAUUAAUUGUUUUCAGAGUGUGCCAAAUUGUGUCAUACUGGCACUAGGCACAAAACCUAAAAUUGCCUAAAAAUAAACCUUUUCCCAUCCACACAAAAGUUGCCAUGCUCAGAGCGAUUUUAUUGGCCACUACAGGAACAGCCACCCAGUAUCAUCGUUUGGCGAUGCUACGCCUUAACCUUCCCCGGCUUAGGACCGUCUUCAUUGGCUGGCUGCAGUAAGAUGAAAACGCCAGACCGAAGUCAACGGCAACCGAUACGGGUGGGCGGAGCGGUCGCGUUGUGAGUGUAAAGAGAACGACGUAUUACCAAGGACAUGCAUACGCCCACAGCUUCGCACGUGAAGUAAAGAUAGGGACAAUCAAAAAUUGUAGAAGUAGAUAAGAAUAAGGAAAUCGUGCGCAGAAUCUCUGCGGCUGGCAGCAAACAGUCCGGAAAAAAUGGUUAGCAAUAUUUUACGGUACACAAAACGAAAGAGAAAACACGCUUUUAAAUAAAAGAAAAAAUAAUGUCAAUGGCUGGCCAAAAGAAGACCAUAUCUUUUGAAUAAGCCACAGCAACGAGAGUGUUCCGUCCACUUUACUUAUGCAAAGAAGUAGACAAACGAAAAUCAAACUUCAUCUUCAAAAGCCUGUCGAUGGACAGUACUUUUCCAGAACGUCAAUCAGAACAUCGUUGCUGCAAUCGGAGCACUUCUAGCUGUUCCGGCAUCGAUUACAAGUUCGGUUUACCGUUACGGUUUGCGGUUGCGGUGCGAUACGUGUGUCACGCUUGCAGAUAAAUCCCACCCUUAAAAAAACAUUUAAUAAAAUGGUGCUCAAAGUGAAUACAAUAAUGUGAUUGUGUCUUAAUUUUUGGUUUGAAAAAGAAUAUACAAUACUACUUUUCUAUUCUGCGAUGGACCUAUCUACAGCUUAUCGCUACAACCAGAACAUGAUGGAAUAUUAUACAUGUCAUGGAGGCGUUAAUCAACUUGGUGGCGUAUUCGUUAAUGGUCGCCCACUUCCCGAUGUCGUUCGUCAGCGUAUUGUGGAGCUGGCCCACAAUGGUGUCCGCCCAUGUGACAUAUCACGUCAGUUACGCGUUAGUCAUGGUUGUGUGUCUAAAAUCCUUUCAAGAUAUUAUGAGACUGGUAGUUUUAAAGCUGGUGUUAUUGGCGGCUCCAAACCGAAAGUGGCCACUCCUCCGGUUGUAGAUGCAAUAGCAAACUAUAAACGCGAAAAUCCCACAAUGUUUGCUUGGGAAAUACGAGAUCGACUUUUGGCAGAAGCUAUAUGUUCCCAGGAUAAUGUUCCCAGUGUUUCUUCUAUAAACCGAAUUGUAAGGAAUAAAGCCGCCGAGAAAGCCAAACACGUUCAUCAUCACCAGCAGCACCAUGUUCCACAGAGUCUCGGAGGGGGACAUAUUGCAACGGAAAGUCUUGACAGCAGCACUGGAACGAAUGGGGAACCGCAGCCACCAACUAGUAAUAGCAGUGCUAAUUCCGCAAACACAAACGUAUCGGCUACGGCGAGUGUACACGCAUCUAUUCCGACGUCAGGCACUGAUUCUGUCCAAGUUUCAGUCGGUCAUAUCAUUGGCAAUAGCAAUGAAACCAGGCAUAUAAACUCAGCGACUGAACAACGAACGACUGGAUAUAGCAUAAAUGGAAUUUUGGGAAUACAACAUGGCCACCACUCUCACAACAACAAUAACAACAGUAGCCUAAACAAUAACAAUAACACGGAAUCAAGUUGUAAACGCAAAAGAAUUGAAGCUCAUGAUGAGAACCGUGACGCAAAUAUACAUUCCGAAGAUGAUGGAAAACGGCAGCGUAUGUCAACGUACAGUGGCGAUCAACUGUAUCCAAAUAUUUGGUCAGGAAAAUGGUGUAUAAAGGAUGAGCACAAGCUCCUUGCCGAGCUAGGCAAUUUGACAACAGGCACCGGAAAUUGUGCUGCUGCAGCCUACUACGAAGCAUCGAACGGAUUUUCAACAAACCCAAUAACAGGAUCUGGUCCCACAGUAUCUGGCAGCGAUACUUCUAUGUUGUACGACAGUAUUACAACGAUUUCGCAAACUCAGAGUUCACUUUAUACACCAGCAAUCGGACCUUCAAUUGGAGCCAGUUCGCUUACCCCGUUAGUUCCUAUUAGUAUGCAUGAAAUGAAGUUUAGCACAAAUUCAAUACAGGAACAAACAGUCCCUCCUUUUUACACAGCUCUAGCAUUUGACGGAAACUACACAUCAAUGAACAGUGUGGAAACUUGUUCAUCCUUAGUCGGGCAAGAACACAUUGUUGUGACAGAAAGCUCGGAUCCGACAAUUCUUUGCCCGAUUAGUACUAGGAUUGCGCCAGACAAUACGGAAAAUAAUAGUACCUGUGUUAAGGAGUCCCUGACUAAUAGUGAUGGAGGCAGAGAAGAUAAUAAUACGGAACCUGAAAAGUCCAACUCUAAUUCGCAAUCCAGUGAUCAUAUUGCUUUGCCACAUCUACAUCAUAUAGAAGAAGAGCAAUUGAGAGGAAAUAGGCGAUCACACUUAAACACAAGUACACAUCCAUCUUCUCUAAUACUUCUGCAGCCGAGCGGAGGAACAUCGUCACUAAAUAUAAGCCCGUCUGACAAUCGAUCAGACGUUGAACUCAAUCUAAGUAACAACGUAGGUCUUUAUUCAACACCUACAGUGCUGCCAAGUUUUAAUCACUACUCCGCAGGCUGCAGCUCAGUUGGGCCCGGCUCAGAUUACGCCUACAAUCCUGCAUAUACACAAUAUGGCGGAGCUUACGGAUCCUAUGGUUAUGGCACUGGCAGUGGCUUGAUAAAUUCGUCCUACUACUACGAGAGCGGUCAAACUCAGUUACCAUUAACACAAGAUCUGCGUUCACCUUUAGCUGCAACGCGCGCUAACUCUCUAGCAUCAGCUGCAUCACCUGGAAGCGGAAGUGCGUGCACAAAAUCCGAAUCGUCGGACAUUUUUCUUGCUUAAUUAAGCUUAAUAUAUAUAUAUGGUAACUAAGUUUAAAGUACUCACAUCACAGAUACUUCAUUUAAUUUACAUAAAUAAAACAUAACAUUUACAUAAAUAAUUGAUCUUUGAAAUGUUUAGUUAUUGUUAAAUUAUUUCUCAGUGUUUCUUUUUACUGUAAAUACUCACCACCAGUAAGAUUUACAAUGAAUCAAAUUAUACAAAAACUUAAUAACAACAUAGUUUGAAAAUGCUAGAUUAAAUGAGAAGAAUCUCUAAUUUUUCUCUAAAAAUGCAUUUAUAGGAAUUUUAAUUAGAAUAAUUUUUAAACUUUAUAACCUGUAUUUUUCCUCUCUGCCCAAUAAGAACGGGACUUUUUAAGCAUAUACAAGCAUACAAACAUCACAAUAUUUUAAAAAAAAUUUCAAAAGGAAAACUAAAAGAUUAUUGUUUAUUUAUUAUAAAAACUUGCAUUUAUUGAUAAAUUUAGGUUACAAUUUAAGAAGGUAUAUUUAUAAGAGAAGAAUAUAAAAUAUUACAAAAAUAGUAAACUACUGACUACUCACUUUCAUAUGAAACCAAAAUGCCCAUUAAGGCAAAAUUAACCAAAAACGUUAGAACGAAAGUUUAAAAAACUUCCGAAAUAUCUUUAAAUUAAAUAUUAUUUAAGCAACAAAAUUAAAUUUAAUGUAAAAAUGUAAAUAUUUAAAUGACUAUUAUAAAAUAAAAGCGUAAAUAUAAAAGUCUUUGCACAAUUAUACCUCGGUGCGCAUCUUAUUCAAAAAACUAUAAUGUUAUUAACUAUAAUAUAACAUUUAUUUCACGUUAACUAAUCUACAAUCUGCAAUAAUAUUUUUUACAUUAUUUGUACUAUUAUUUUUAAAAAAUUUUGGUUUACUGAACGAUCAAGGAAAGAUGCUUUGAUUGGUGAACUAAAAAAAUGAGUUACUUUGGCAAAAAGAAAUUUUGUGCAAACCUAAUAACACACUUCUUUAUUAAAAGCAUUUCUACAGUUUUAAAAUAACAAUUAACGUUGAAAACGUUUAUAUAUAUUUUACUUGAAAUUUUAUUUUUGUUUAGAAAAAAAAACGGCUACCACGCACAAGGUUCUCUUGGCCUUUGUAAUAUACACGUCUAAAAUUAAAAACUUGGAACAUUAGUUCAUGAAAGAAUGGCCCAUUAAUUUAAAAUUAUAUUAAUGCUUUCAAAUUAGUGUUUAUAUUCUGUAUUAAAAUACUCUAGUAGACUUUGAACACAAUUUUUAAUUUAAGUUCUAUUCGUUGUUUAAUAGAUUUAGACUUAAGCUAGUUUUAACAACAAGUUAUAAUAGGAAAGCACAAACCAAAUUUAAAUGUAUUUAGACAUAAACAUUUAUGUAUCUUAAUAAAUUGACAAGUUAAGCAAAUAAUAUAAA